UUGCAAGUUUGGCAACUAGAUUUUUAAAGAGAUCGAAUCUAUAAAAUUGUUUUAAAAUAAUUUGUCUAAUGUUAAAUAUCAGACAAACGACAGACUUUCUUCAAGAAUAAGUGUCUUUAUAAAUGUAUAACAAUUCCUCAUAAGUUAUUGUGGGUAAACAAAUAGUGUAACAAAGUUUGAUUCUGUAAACUAAAGAAUGGCUGAAUAUUUAGCCGCUAUAUUUGGUACAGAAAAGGAUAAAGUAAACUGCUCCUUUUAUUUUAAGAUAGGAGCAUGUCGGCAUGGAGAUCGCUGCUCUCGAAUUCAUAAUAAACCAACGUUUUCCCAAACGGUUUUAUUGCAAAAUCUCUAUGUCAAUCCUCAAAAUUCUGCAAAAUCGGCUGAUGGCAGUCACUUGGUUGUUGCAAAUGUCUCUGAUGAAGAGAUGCAGGAGCAUUAUGAUAACUUCUUUGAAGAUGUUUUUGUUGAAUGCGAAGACAAAUAUGGAGUUAUAGAGGAAAUGAAUGUUUGUGACAAUUUAGGAGAUCACUUAGUGGGAAAUGUUUACAUAAAGUUCCGCCGUGAGGAGGAUGCAGAGAAAGCAGUAAGUGACCUUAACAACCGCUGGUUUGGUGGCCGACCAGUUUACGCUGAGCUCUCGCCGGUGACAGAUUUCCGUGAGGCCUGCUGCCGCCAAUACGAGAUGGGAGAGUGCACAAGAAGUGGUUUCUGCAACUUCAUGCACUUGAAACCUAUUUCCCGAGAACUAAGAAGGUAUCUGUACUCCCGUGGUAAGAGUGGGCGUCGUUCACGCAGCCGAUCCCGCGAGCGCCGCCGCCGCUCACGCUCCCGCGAACGUCGCCGCGAACCUCCGCGCAACUCGCGCUCAGGACGCUACUAGCCAACAGAUGGCAACACUGGCUCGCCAACAGCUGGCAACACUCGCCAGUAGCAACUGUACUACACUAGCGCCAUUUUUGCAUUUCUAUACAUACGGCAAGUAUGGAAAAAAUCAUAUGAUAAGUAAUUAUUGUGUAUUAGCAUUUAAAUUAUAUGAAAUACAUCAAAAAUAUUUUUUCAUUGAGACAUAUUUUAAAUAUAACAUAAACCUGAUGAGAAAAUUCAGAAUGAAUUAUUGUAUUCUAUGGUACAAGGAGAAUUAAAAAAUAAAUUAUACAUAAACAUUGAUUAUUUGGGCACUUUAGAAAUUACUGCUUUUUCAGUUGUAAGUGAACAUUGUGAACAAUCCAUUCAGAGGUAUGAUUUUAUUUUAAUUUACGUUUUAUUUUCAUCAAAUCU